UAUGGUAAACUCGCAAAAUACCCAAACAUCAUGCAGGGCAUCAAAAAAAACAUUGUUUAUGCCGGCAAAGGACCAACAUCAUCUUAUCCAGAUGGUUCCAAGAUAACAUUUCACUACCAAACAAGAAAAUGUGAUGAUGAAGGAACCCUGCUUGAUGACAGUAAGAAGCAUGACAAGCCCAUGGAACUUAUCCUGGGCAAGAAAUUCAAGCUUGAAGUGUGGGAAGCUUGUGUCAAGACCAUGGCAAGGGAUGAGGUUGCAAAGUUCACUAUAGAUCCUGAGCAUCUUUCCUCCUACCCAGUGGUUGCCAAGAGUCUCAGAGAUAUUGCACAUAAGAAGGGUCAUGAAGAGCGUAAACAUGUGUGUGGUAUGAUGUCACUUCAGGAUCAGGGUGGACUUGGAUACAAAGAUUUAGAUCAACUCGUCCUUAAACCUGAGCCAUUGGAGUUCACAUUUGAAAUUCUCAAAGUGGAGGAGCCAGGGGAGUACAGGAAAGAGAGUUGGUCUAUGAAUGAGAAUGAAAAGCUCGAGGCAAUCCCAAAGCUGAAGGAGGAGGGGAAUAACUUGUACAAAGAGAAGAAAUACUCUGAGGCAGCAGAAAGAUAUGCUGAGGCUAUAGGAAUGGUAGAACAGUUGAUGCUCAGGGAGAAGCCACAUGAUGAAACGUGGGAGAAUCUAAGAGUGCAGAAAGAGCCCCUUUUAUUAAACUAUUCCCAGUGCAAGCUCUUGCUGAAGGACUACUAUCCAGUGAUUGAGCAUACCAGCACAGUAUUGGAGAGUAAUCCAGAUAAUGUCAAGGCUUUAUUCCGGCGAGCGAAAGCUCACGGUGCUGUGUGGGACUUUGAAGAAGCUGCCAGUGACUACCACAGAGUGUUGGAGCUGGACCCAACGCUGACGGCCACUGUCAAUAAGGAAUUGAAAGAGUUACAGGAGAUCAAGAAACAAAAAGAUACAGAAGAAAAAGCAAAAUUGCAGAACAUUUUCACAUCUUGAUUGUGUAAAUCUCACAUGUAGCACUGUGGCUAGAUUACAGUAUGGCACGAUUCCCGUGUAGGUGUUUUGGCAAAGAGGAGAAUCAAAAACACUUGUGGGUCAUGUCGAAAUUCCUUUGGUUCUGCCACACAAAAGAACUGAAAAGUUCUGUGAUAUUAGGGAAUUUCGCCUGUACACUGUACACAGUCAGUAGGACCAAUCUAGGUGUUGCUUUGUUGUCAGAUGUAAAUAAGUGUUACAUGUAUGCCUUCAUUUGAAGUUAUGCGACAGUCAGAUGGGUUUCAAUCAAAGAACAUUUGUAGCUGAUGAGGAACCUACAUGUACAUGUAGCACUACUGUUAUGAAUUUUGGAGAAAAUGAUAUUGGCGAUUCAGCUGGUCAAUGUCUCUGUUUGCUGUUGUUGGUGUAACUUAAAAUAUGAUAAAAUACAUAGCCUUCCCUCUGAUGUGCCUCUCGAGAGCUGGGUACUUAUGGUGACUACGCCAAGAGAGGCUUGGCUGUUCAGAGAAUGCUGUACUGCUGUAAAAAUUAGCCUGAAUGGACGACAUUUCCAGUAUUAACUGGGCUUCCAAGAAUGGCCAAUUACUUAGUGUUUAGAUCGAAGAAAUACAUACCGCAACCUGUGACUUGUCAGUAAGGACCCUAGGAAAUAUGUCAGUUUGGACCUUUGGUAAGAUUGCUUCCAGUGGGUCCAUGAAAUAAUAAUUUUCAUAUGUUUCUAAGCUGUAGGGUUACGGGUUUAAAAAAUCAUAUGUAAGUAGAUUUGUUAUUUAUUGCUUUAUAUGUAUAUAAAUGUUGAU